UGCUGCAGUCCGGAGGAAACCGCAGUGGAUCCCCGAGCGAGGAUGCUGCUGUUCGAGCGGGCACGCCCAGAAUGGGCGUGGCCUCCGGCUCGAUGUUCUCAGCCAGCAAUUGAGGCCGCCUGGCAGGCUAAAAUGGCGGCUGGAGCUAUUAGGUGCUGAGGAGACCGGACAGAAGAGGCAGACAGGGCUAAUGCUGGAUAAGGGGGAGCGGUCGCCUGUUCUCUGCCUGGCCAGGCAGCCUCACCCCCCAAGUGCUGGUUGCAAAUGAGAAUGGAAGACAUGUCUCUAUCUGGCCUGGAUAACAGUAAAUUAGAGGCCCUUGCUCAUGAUAUUUACACUGAUCUGGUGGAGGAUACGUGUCUGGGGUUAGGUUUCGAGAUUCACCGGGCUGUUAAAUGUGGCUAUUUCCUGCUGGAUGAGACGGACCCUGAGAGCAUGAAAGACUUUGAAAUCAUAGACCAGCCAGGUGUGGACAUCUUUGGUCAGGUUUAUAACCAGUGGAAGAGCAAAGAGUGUGUGUGUCCAAAUUGCAAUCGCAGUAUAGCAGCCUCCCGCUUUGCCCCUCACCUUGAGAAAUGUCUGGGCAUGGGCCGAAACAGCAGCCGCAUCGCCAAUCGCAGGAUUGCAAGCAGCAACAAUAUGAACAAAUCAGAAAGCGACCAAGAAGAUAACGAUGACGUAAACGAUAACGAUUGGUCGUACGGCUCGGAGAAGAAAGGUGCGUUUAGUCAGUCUGGAGCAAAGAAGAGGAAAUCGGAAAAGAAUCCAAAUUCCCCACGGAGGUCAAAGUCCAUAAAACACAAAAAUGGCGAUCUCUCCGUUAACACUGACCCAUUUAAGUAUAGUAGCAGUUCUGGAAUUAGUUAUGAAAACCUUGGACCGGAAGAGCUCCAUACAUUGCUAACGACGCAAUGUGGAGUCAUAUCGGAACAUACCAAGAAGAUGUGCACCAGGUCAUUACGAUGUCCCCAACAUACGGAUGACCAGCGUAGAUCUGUCAGAGUUUACCUCCUAGGCUCCUCUGCGUCUCUCCCAGAACCUGAUGGCAGUACAGACAAUGACAGCUUUGAUGUGGUGGAAGGCCAGGGCCUGAUGAGUAGGCUUCCAUGGGAUGGAUCCUCGGAUAUCUCCCCUUCCGACUCUGCCUCAUCCAAAGCCAGCACGAAUAACUCAGACACUCGGAAACCCAAGAAGAAAAAGCCAAGUCAUAUCAGCAUGGGCAGCGCAGGGGGCGGAGGAGCCAGUAAAAAAAAGAAACCCAAAGCCCCCGCCCCGCACACACCUGGAAUGUACAGUGAACUCAACUGAGACAAAGGACGUUGCCAUGCCAUGGACCAAAUGCCAGUGGGUCUGUUUGUACACAGGCGGUGGCCUUCAUAGCACAUUGGCUGCAAAUGGUUAAAAGCGGGC